AGGUAGACGAAGGCUCCAACUUUUCAUCAGGGAACUGGUCGAUCCCAGUUGGCAUUCCCACCAUAUUCUAUAUGUGUUCCACCCAGACAACUAACGUUCUCGGCGAGUCUCUCCGACUCCAGCAGACAGGAAUGAGUGAGAGCGACAUCCUCCAAGCAGCUCCCUCAGCCUGAAGACCCCAUGACGUUGCACACGGUAGGACCUGCUUCGGGGCGUGGAUGGAGUAGCACCAGCCGCCGGCGCCCACUGAGAUGCCAAGUGUCGGUAACAUCACCUACAGGGACAACAACGUCAACAUACUCCUUGCCGCCUUGGCGUCUACGUUGUCCGUGACGGCUAUUAUUCUCAACAGCCUCCUCAUCUACGUCAUCUGCCGAGCCAAAUACCUGCACACGUGCACCAAUUGCUUCCUGGUGUCGCUGUCAGUCGCCGAGCUGCUGGUGGCUGUGUUUGCCGUCCCGUGGGCAGCCGUGGCCCGGAUACAUCACUCCUGGGCCUUCUCCAACACCUUCUGCACAGUGUCAGGCUUCCUCUACAACGUGGGCAGGAACGGCGCCGCCUACAGCCUUGUGAUGGUGUGUCUGGACCGAUGUGUAGCAGUGUCAACGCCCCUGAAAUACAAUAACAUCAUCACGUCACGGACAGCUCUAAUGCUGACGAUGGUCGCUUGGAGCCAGAGUACUCUUAUUGCACUCGUGCCCUUUUUCGGGAAAGGCUUGUACACUUUUGUUGGAAAGUUCUCUCUGUGCAUGUUAUUAGGAGACAGCCAUUCAUCGCAUAUGCUUUUCAAGGAAUUAUUUGGUUGUGUUUUACCAGCGUUUGCCAUAGCUGUUAUGCUUGCCAAAAUAGCGAAAGAGGCAACUUCCCACCAUCGAGUAUUUGCUAUUUUGCCAGCGCCCCGGCUUCGCUCGUCACUAAGGCCAGGUCACUAUGGCCGAAACACACUGAAGGCUAUGAGAGCCUUGUUCACCAUUAUUCUUGCCUACGCAGUAUUCUGUAUCCCAUUAUCGAUAGUUAAGAUCGUGCACCAAACCUGUUGUUCGCAUUUACCGGAAGCGCUGGUGACGUCACUCGUCUGGUUGUCCUUCCUGUGCUGUGUGAUUAAUCCUGUCGUCAUAGCAACCAUGAACAAAAAGUUCAAACAGUCGUUUAUGACUCUAGUGUGCUCAUGUAUGAAGCCCCCGCGGUCUCAGGACAAGGAGGGCUUUACCAUUACUUCCGGUCUGCACACGGUACUGGACGCCUCGCUGGUCAGCAAUAUACUACAUAACUCCGACACUUUCAGACGACAUACGCUCUCAAAACUCUCGACACAGCCGGACGUUGUGGGAAAAAUGCAAUUGCCGCAGGGGUCGGUUCUGCUCGGGACGUCGACUGGGGAUCCCCUUCCCGGGACAUCGACUGGGGGUCCUAUUCCCGGGACAUCGAUAGGGGGUCCUCUUCCCGGGACAUCGACUGGGGGUCCUAUUCCCGGGACAUCGAUAGGGGGUCCUCUUCCCGGGACAUCGAGUGGGGGUCCUAUUCCCGGGACAUCAAUAGGGGGUCCUAUUCCCGGGACAUCGACUGGGGGUCCUAUUCCCGGGACAUCCACUGGGGGUCCUAGUUCUGGGACAUCGUUUGGGGGUCCUAUUCCCGGGACAUCGAUUGGGGGACCUAUUCCCGGGACAUCGAUUGGGGGACCUAUUCCCGGGACAUCGAUUGGGGGUCCUAUUCCUGGGACAUCGAUUGGGGGACCUAUUCCCGAGACGUCAACGGAGACGUAAUCCACCAACUUUAUUCACGGAUUACAUUGUUUUAACUGAGUAAAUUAAAAAUUGCCAUUGACAGGACUGAACAACUAAACUAAGAUUUUUUAUCUUCAUAGUGCCCGCGUGUAAUCAAACCACCCGUAGCAGAUUCGUGGACACUGCUGUAUAUGUGCUCAUUAAAGUCACAUUCACAGAUCAGACAUGUUUCAAUAUAUUUGUCUAAAGGCUAGGACAGGUGAUUUAGACAUUUAUGUUUUUCUAGAUCUGUUUCCUCCACCAAUCUGCUCAAUGGGAAGAACUUACCGAACCUCGGUUUUAGGAGUACGCGGGAGUGAAUUGUGUUUAUGUUACUUAGAACAAUUAUGUAUUCAUUUAACUGACGUGUCAGUUUGAUGGUCAAGGAAUACCGGAAGUGAUUCGAAGUGAUACCCGACAUACGGUUAGGGUUGUGACAAACCAAGGAUGACACUUGGGAUUUGAACUCAGGUUUAGAGACACAACUGCACAGUCACAUUUCAGAACAUCUACAGAUUGUCUGCUGAUUACUAAAGUUAUUUCAUUUUACUUGAACACUACUCAAAAUCAUAGUUUCUAAAAUAUUUUAAAGUCAGGACCUUUUUUAACGAGUAGCCAACUUCCAUUAAAUCGGCGUUCCACGUCCAGUUUGUCACGUGUAACCUUUUUACACAGAUACUUUGUAUGAUUAAAUGUCUUAAUGUCUGUGCGUUACUAGAUAUAGGCAAUAAUUCAUGCCAUUAUUUGCAUCCCAUCUAACUCCAUGAUAAACUGUGUCCUUAUUA